GGUGACCUUCUAGGGCUGUAUAUAACGCGUCUGUCUUCCGUGGAUCAGUAUAGUUUGCACUAAGAAGGCUUACAAGCAGUUCUAGUGAGAUCUACCCAAACCCUACAACCAGCAAAAUGAUGAAAUUCCUAGUGAUCUUUGCCCUCUGCUGCCUGGCUCUCGCCUCAGCUGCUCCUCAAUUCAUCUGGCCCGGUUUUGCCGCCGCUGGACCCAGGACCGUAGUCGCUGGCCCAACAGUGGUGAACGACGCUUACGGAGGCCGCUUCAUUGCCCCCGGCUAUGUCGGCCCAUACUUCUGAAGCUAACGAUCCCAUAACGAAGUACCCCUUGGUUAUCUCCAAAACAUGCCGUCUUCAUUGAAUAAAGUGCUCAAUCAUU